GCAGACAGUAUAAAUUUGAACAUCAUGCCAUCGAGUAUGUACAUGAAAAUUUUUGUCUUAAUAUUUUCGGUGUCGUGUGUAAGUUGUGCAAACAUAUUAUACCUUCAUGGUAUUUUAUCGCCAUCGCACCACUUGUGGAAUCGUAUAUUGGCAAAAGAACUAGCAAAUACAGGCCAUAAUGUGACAUUUUUAUCGGUUGAUAAGCCAAUUGGUGAAACGAAAAAUCUCCAUUACAUUGUGUUCGAGAAUGCAUAUGAGGAUUUCCAUAAAAAUGACGCAAAUGGUGGCGAGUUUGACUUCAUCAAGUUCGCUGAAGAGAUUAACAAUAAUAAGAUUAUUGUAGGCACACGAGCACUUACUGGCUUUGCUCUACAAACUUGUGACACAAUUUACAAUACGAAAAGUGGAUUGGACAAAAUUCUGAGCUACCCGGAUGAUUUCAAAUUUGAUUUGGUCAUUCAAGAUUUUACGUUUGGUCCAUGUUUGAUGCCAAUCAUUCACAAAUUCAAUUAUCCAUCAAUAAUUGGUGUGACAGCAUUUCUCAAUCCAUCAUAUUCGAACAAUCUUGUUGGUGGAAAUAAGCAUCCUGCAUAUGUUCCACAUUUUGUUGCAAAUAUGCCACAACUUAUGACAUUUACACAGAGAUUUUAUAACUUCUUGUUAUAUACAGUAGAGAAAUUAUCAUUCGAGUACGAGCUCUAUCCUGGCUUAGAAAAAACUGUCCGCAAACAUUUGAACUUCAAGGACUUACCAUCAAUAAAAGAAAUUGAACAGAAAACCAAACUUCUCCUUUUAAAUUCUGAUCAUGCUAUUGAUUAUCCAGAACCAUUGCAACCAAAUAUGGUAUUAGUUGGUGGCUUACAGAUUACAGAACCAAAAGAAUUGCCAGCAGAUAUUAAGAAAUUUGUCGAGAGUGGAAAGAAGGGAACUGUAUUGAUGUCAUUGGGAACAAAUAUACUCUCUAAUCUUCUCGGUGAUGUCGUACUUACAUCAAUUUUAAAAACAUUUGAAUCACUGCCAGAAUAUAAUUUCAUAUGGAAAUUUGAAUCGGAACCACAUGAGUUGCCAAUUAAGCCAAGCAAAAAUGUAAUGGUAUCGAAAUUCUUGCCACAAAAUGAUUUACUUGCACAUUCUAAUUUAAAAGCAUUUAUUACACAUGCAGGAGGAUUGAGUACACAGGAGAGUUUAUGGUAUGGAAAACCGAUGGUCGGCAUACCAUUCAUAGAUGAUCAAUAUCGUACAAUUGAAAAAUCUGUUACAAUGGGUGUUGGAGUUAAAUUAGAAAUUGCAAAAUUGAAUGUCGACAUUUUUAGAAAAGCAAUUAAGGAAGUAAUUGAAAAUCCAAGUUAUACUGAAAAUGCACAAAAAAUUUCAAAACUCUUUCAAGACAAACCAAAAAAACCAUUGGAAACAGCAAUAUGGUGGAUUGAAUAUGUUCUUAGAAAUCCUGAUGCUCCAAUUUACAAAUCUCCAACACUUGAAUUAGGAUUCCUAGCAUCCAAUAAUUAUGAUAUUUAUCUCGUCAUUAUUGCAUGUCUUCAUAUUAUUGGAUUCUCUAUUAGAGCUGUUUACUUGAAAUUGUUUGGCAACAAAAGUACAAAGAAAGUUAAAACAAAUUAAAUGAAUAUUAUAGAAAAUUAAAAUUCAAUUAAAAUGUUUCGAUAUGAAAAUUAAGGCGGUGACAACUGAUUUAAUUAAACCUUUUAAAACUCAAAUUAUAAAAAUUCUGAACGCACCCUGAUUACAAUUUUUUAAACGGUGGAAAAUAAUUCAAGUUACUAAACGCAUCGAUCACGUGUUUUUCAUAUGAAAUAAAAAAAAUCAUUAAUUAAAGUAUAAUUACAAUAUUUUAAGACUUUUAACUGUUCGGCUGGCCAAUAACUCGAUAGAACUGAGCUAAUAAAACAAACCCGAGCUCUCUACGAUGUCUGGUUAAAAAGUUUUUCUUGCCCCGAGCAGCCAAACAAAGUGUAUUAUUAAGCUACCUUUUAGAAACAAGUUUCAAAAAUGCGCUAAAAAUCGAAAUUAUUAUUUUUUUCAAUACCACUCGGUUCCUAGAAUCGUUUUCAAUUGUAACCAUUUUCAAUUUAAUUGGACUCUCAACUUUUCGUCUCUAAAUUAAAUCCAAUCGUGAUCACUUUAAACUUCCAUUUCCAAAAAGCUAUUAUUCAAUUAAAUUAAAAAUAAACAAAAAGUUUUUCGUAACAAGAUCUUCAGAUUUUUUUUUGAAAUAGAUUUAACAUCCCUUACAGCAGUGUCCAAUUUAA